AGAAACUCUUAGCAAGAAAACGAGAGGAAGAAACCAAAUUACCGCACCGACAAGCUUGCAAGACGAGAACGGAAUGGAGAGACGAAAGGCCGUCGCAAGAGCCACCUCACGCCUACAACUACUACUAGCUGGCAGCAGGAGUGCCCCGCCUAUGGCCUCGUCGGAGGAGCAAACGGAGCCUCGGCCGCCGGUCCUCCUCCUCCGGCGGGUGGCCCCCGCCUACGACGCCGCCGUUUCGGAGAAGUUCCACCUCCUGAGGCCGUGGGAGUCCCCUCUGCCUCGCGACCAGUUCCUCGCCGCCCACGCUGGCUCCGUCCGCGCCCUCCUCAUCAGUGGCCUCGUCACCCUCGACGCCGCCACCCUCGACGCCCUCCCACGCCUUGGCUGCGUCGUCACAACCAGCGCCGGCGUCAACCACAUCGACCUCGCCGCCUGCGCUCGCCGCGGCAUCGCCGUCGCCAACGCUGGUACCGUCUUCUCGCCGGACGCCGCGGACUACGCAGUCGGCCUCCUGAUCGACGUCCUCCGCCGGGUGUCCGCCUCAGACCGCUACGUCCGAAGGGGUCUGUGGCCGGUCAAGGGAGACUAUCCUCUUGGUUUUAAGUUAGGCAGCAAGCGAGUUGGGAUUGUUGGCCUGGGAAGCAUUGGAUCUCAAACAGCAAAAAGGCUUGAAGCUUUUGGCUGUACUAUCUUAUAUUAUUCAAGGAAAAAUAAGCCUUCUGUGCCAUAUAAAUACCUCCCAAAUGUUUGCGAUCUUGCAGCUGAAAGCGAUGUUCUAGUUGUGUCUUGCGCACUGACCAGUGAAACACAUCAUAUCAUCAACAAGGAUGUCAUGGCAGCAUUAGGAAAGGAGGGAAUCAUUAUUAAUGUGGGACGGGGGCCCCUGGUUGAUGAGGAUGAACUUGUUAGGCGCUUGAUGCAAGGUGAGCUUGGAGGUGCUGGUCUUGAUGUGUUUGAGAAUGAACCUGCCGUGCCCAAAGAGCUGUUCCUCAUGGACAAUGUAGUUUUAUCACCUCACCGAGCCGUUUUCACUUCAGAAUCCUUUGCUGAUCUGGGUCAACUGCUUGCAGCCAAUCUAGAGGCUUUCUUCUCAAAUAGACCAUUACUUACACCAGUUAAUCAGAAUGAUUUAUAGACAAACAAAAGAAUUUGAGCGAAUGCUCGUUGCCUCAUUGUGUCUACUGCUUUGCUGUUUGGUAGUGGGGGCUUGCUGUUGUAUAAUUCUUUUCCAUCUUUAUUCUUCUCCAGUGGAAGUUGUUUCAGAUAGUUCUGUAGAUUGGCUUGUGAUAGCCAGGUGAAUAUUGUUUCAAAAACAUGCCUUGUGGCUUUAAUAAAUUGUAUCUACUGUUAUCUAUA